UAAUUAAAUAAAAGGAAAAGAGAUAUUUCUAAGCCCUUGGAAAAUUUUCCAAGAAUGGCGUUGAAAGUUCUUUCAGCCCUUGACACUGCAAAAACUCAGUUAUACCACUUCAAGGCCAUUGUCAUAGCCGGCAUGGGCCUCUUCACCGAUGCCUACGACCUCUUCUGUAUUCCUCUGAUCAUGAGACUCAUCGGACGUGUGUACUAUGAAAAGGAGCUCGUGUCCCAAAAGUACAAGGUCCCACCCGUUGUCAUUUCAACUAUGCUGGUUAUCGCUCUUUUGGGCACCGCCAUCGGUCAACUUGUGUUCGGUUGGCUUGGCGACCGACUCGGAAGGCGCCGUGUGUACGGAAUCGCAUUGAUGAUCAUGGUGCUCAGUCCCAUAGGAUGUGGGUUUUCGAUAUGUAGGACGAGGAACUGUGUUCUGGUAAGUCUCGGACUAUUCAGAUUCUUGUUGGGAGUGGGGAUUGGUGGGGACUACCCCUUGUCGGCUACGAUCAUGUCAGAGUUCGCCAACAAGAGGACACGUGGAGCAUUCAUAGCCGCGGUUUUCUCGAUGCAGGGCUUUGGGAUGCUGGCUGCUUCCGCGGUCACGAUGGUAGUGUGCAAGAUAUUUGAGCGUGCAUCGCCCAAAUUGUCAAAGGAUCCAACGCCCAAGGAGGUUGAUAUCGCAUGGAGAUUGAUACUGAUGAUGGCUUCUGUUCCUGCCGGAUUAACACUUUAUUGGCGUAUGAUGAUGCCCGAAACUGCCAGAUAUACAGCUUUGGUGGAGCAAAAUUUCCUCCAAGCGGCAAAGGACAUGGAGAAAGUGUUGGAAGUAUCAUUGGUUGAGAUUGCGGAAGAGAACCCGCCGUCACCAAGUCCACCACCCUAUCCCCUCCUAUCGAAGCAAUUCUUUCGUCGUCAUGGCCUUGAUUUGUUCUCUUGCUCCUGCUCAUGGUUUCUUCUCGACACUGUCUUUUACAGCAGCAACCUCUUCCAGUCUCGGAUAUAUGCACAAUAUCUGUCGAAUCAAACAAAAUUGAAUGCCUAUCAUGAGGCUUUUGAAGUUGCAAAACUCCAAGCAAUUAUCACAGCCUGUUCCGCAAUUCCAGGCUACUGGUUCACCGUCUAUUUCAUUGAUCGUGUUGGUAGAGUCAGAAUCCAAACAAUGGGUUUUUUCUUCAUGGCAGUGGUUUAUUUGGCAAUUGGGAUACCCUAUUCCAAGCUUUGGGAAGAUAGCAAAAAUGUGGGUUUCAUGGUCCUCUAUGGCCUCACCUUUUUCUUCUCAAAUUUCGGACCAAAUACUACCACCUUUAUAGUCCCCGCCGAGCUUUUCCCGGCGAGAUUUAGAUCAACAUGUCAUGGCAUUGCUGGGGCUGCUGGGAAGGCCGGGGCAAUUAUUGGGUCAGUUGGAUUUCUGUUGGCUUCACAUGAUGAAAAGGAGAAGGGUUAUCCCAAAGCAAUUGGAAUGACUGCCUCAUUGAUAAUUCUUGCCGGAGUUUGCCUCAUGGGAAUGCUGGUGACAUUGUUUUGCACGCGUGAAACGAUGGGGAGAUCAUUGGAGGAGAAUGAGAAUGACGAUGAACCUAAUUUUCAGCCCCGUCUGUGGAGAUUUCUUAAGGGUAAGGUGAGUGUGGUGUCAGCUUCUCCGAAUGAAGAAGCUGCCGUGGCCUAGCUAGCUAGACAGAGCAAUCUUAAUUUCCCUAAUUACGUGCGUUUUUUGUCAAAAUUAAACCAUGUUUAGGACUUUUUAGCUACCUUAAUUCUGUCAUGCUGGAUUGAAUUAAUGUGUGCGCCGAUAGUGAUUAGAGUACAGUCGGUCAUAUAUAUGUAAUAAUUAAUGGAAUCCCUCGCAGUAGAAAAUUCUUAAUUUGUACA